AUGAUCUACGCCGGAAUGAUUCUCCUCUCCAAGGCGGCGUUCGACGGCGGCUUGAACACUUCCAUCUUCGUCUUCUACCGUCAAGCCUUCGCCACCGUUGUCAUUGCUCCCAUUGCCUUCUUCCUCGAGUGGAAGCACGCGCCGCCGCUUUCUCUCCCCACCUUCUGCAAGAUUUUCGUCCUCUGCUUCUGCGGGAUGACGUUGAACUUGAACCUCAAUGGAGUGGCUUUAAAGUAUACUUCUGCCACUUUGGCUGCUGCUUCCACUAAUUCAAUUCCAGUCAUCACUUUCUUCUUGGCUCUUCUACUCGGAAUGGAAACAUUGAAGGUGAGGACAAGAACUGGAGUGGCAAAACUAGUAGAGGUAGUGAUAUGCUUGGGAGGAGUUGCAACUCUAGCAUUCUACAAAGGCCCCCAUUUCAAGUUCUUGUGUUUCUUCAAACACCUCCUCAAAGGCCAAAACCAACAUCCUGCUACUAGUAGUUCUUCUCAUAAAUCAUGGGCCAAAGGUUGUUUCUUGAUGCUCUCCUCCAACUUCACAUGGAGCAUUUGGCUCGUCUUUCAGACAAUCAUUAUGAAGAGCUACCCAUCAAAGCUCAUGUUCACAGCUCUGCAAUGCCUUCAGAGUUCGAUCCAGUCACUAGUGGUUGCAGUUGCAGUUGAGAGAGAUCUGGAGGAGUGGAAGCUUGGAUGGAAUAUGAGACUUCUGGCCGUGACUUAUUGUGGAGUCGUGGUGAAUGGAGUGACAUAUUACUUGCUAGCAUGGGUUUUGGAGAAGAAAGGACCAGUCUUUGUAGUAAUUACGACUCCUUUGACGUUCAUCUUUACAAUGUUGUGUUCUGCACUACUAUGCUACUCCAUCCCCCUUGGAAGGUAUUUUUUCUUUUAUUUUGGAAACAUCGGGGAUGUCCCUCUAUUAUGCACACUUGUAUCAAACAUGCACAUCUACUAUUUUUUACAUAGAAAAUACCACAGACCACAAUAG